AUGGUCAGCUCCUGUUGUGGCUCUUCCUGCUCUGGCCUGAGCUGUGGCUCUGGCUGCUGUGCUCCCUGCUGCUGCCGCCCUGCCUGCUGCCUUCGGCCAGCCUGCUGCCAGAGCACCUGCUGCAGGACCAACUGUUAUAGACCCACCUGCAUUGUGUCCACCUGCUGCCGCCCCAGCUGCUGUGUGUCCAGCUGCUGCCAGCCUUGCUGCCGCCCCAGCUGCUGUGUGUCCAGCUGCUGCCGCCCCAGCUGCUGCUGCCAGCCUUGCUGCCGCCCCAGCUGCUGUGUGUCCAGCUGCUGCCAGCCUUGCUGCCGCCCUAUCUGCUGCCAAACCACCUGCUGCAGAACCACCUGCUGCCGACCAGCCUGCUGCGGCUCCUCUUGCUGUUAA